AUGACCAGCCAGUCCCAGGGGAUCCAGCAACUCCUGCAGGCAGAAAAAAGGGCCAAGGACAAGCUGGAAGAAGCCAAGAAGAGAAAAGGCAAGCGAUUGAAGCAAGCUAAGGAAGAAGCAAUAGCCGAAAUUGAUCAGUACAAAAUGCAAAGAGACAAGGACUUUCGACUGAAGCAAUCUAAGGUAAUGGGUUCUCAGGGUAAUCUGUCAGAUGAAAUAGAAGAACAAACACAAGAGAAGAUACAAGAAUUGAAUGCAAGCUACAGAAAGCACAUGGAAAGUGUGAUGGAGCAGCUUUUGAACAUGGUCUGCGACAUGAAACCAGAAAUCCAUGUGAACUAUAGAGUCACCACCUAA